AUGCUGAUAUGCUCGCAGUACAUGUGCCGCAGUCCCGAGCUGGAAAUUGACGUAGGAUUGCCAAUUAAUUUCCGUCAGAUUGAUCAACAAGUAGUGAGCGAUUUUGACGCAAAUGUGCUGUCGAAAUUCCAGAACUUUUUUGACUGGGUGAAAGAGGAAACGAUUAAAGCGGAGAAUAUUAGUCGCAACAAUAGUGUACAAAAGCAGCAACCAGUACGUGAUGUUGAUUGCCCUGAUCUCGCUGGUCAUGCAGAACUCUUUCCCAGAAUACACUCGAUGAAUUUAAGAAGCAAGAGGAGCACUUGUACGGUAAACGAAUCCACGCUGCCACGCUGUCAGCAGUGGCAGCUCAAAGAAACGCAAGAACUGGAUCCUGAGCAGCUCAGCGAUACAAAUGGCAGUCAUGCAUAUCCGGAGCCGCUUCCAAAACACCUAAAGCUUCAACAAUUAAGACAAGCGCAAUUGGAUUAA